UGGAAGGAACGCAGUACUAACCUAAAAUAUGGUGUUAUGAAGUACAUAUAAUUCAAUGAGAUGGUCCAAGUAACGUAAUGUAAUUAAUAGUUAAACCCGUGAAAAUAGAUGUGGUACGAUCUAUCGGAUUUCAAGGGGGUUGAUGUGGGGAGCGCAGCAUUUGGUAGACAAUCCUACGAAGGCAACAUGUUUCAAACCAAGUACGUCGCCGUCGCUGUAGAUCCUUGCACGUCGUACUCAUCACGGCUCUUCCCUGAACAGGACUGAAUACGAUCGUGGUGUCAACACCUUCUCCCCUGAAGGUCGCCUGUUCCAAGUCGAAUAUGCCAUCGAAGCCAUCAAGGUAGUCACGAUUCCUCCUCCUUCCCUGUCGUGAGCAGCAUGAUGAUCCUGGCCACGUAGAUGGGGACCACUGCUGUGGGUAUCCGGACAAAAGAAGGUGUCGUAUUGGCUGUGGAGAAGCGCAUCACAUCGACGCUCCUGGAGCCAAGCAGCAUCGAAAAGAUCAUGGAGGUCGAUUCCCACAUCGGGGCGGCCAUGAGUGGACUCACUGCGGACGCGCGCACGUUGAUCGAUCAUGCGCGCGUGGAGGCGACGAACCAUUGGUUUUCGUACAACGAGCCUAUCCGUGUGAACGCGUUGACCCAAGCCGUGUGCGAUUUGGCGCUGUCGUUCGGUGAAGGCAACGACGAAAACUCGCACAAGCAGAAGAUGAGUCGCCCAUUCGGCGUGGCGCUUCUCUUGGCUGGCGUUGACGACACUGGCCCGCACUUGUUCUAUUCGGACCCGUCCGGCACGUACCUCCGCGUCCACGCCAAGGCGAUUGGGUCGGGUCAACAAGGUGCGCAGAACAACCUGAAGGAGAGCUACAGCGAAGACAUGUCGCUUUUGGACGCACAAAAGCUUGCCAUCGGCACGCUCAAGCAGCACAUGGAAGAAAAGCUGACCAGCAUCAACGUGGAACUGGCAAUUGUGACGGCGGCCCAUGGAUUCCACGUGGCCACGACGGAAGAAUUGGACCAAGUGAUUGCCCGAUUGUGAGUUAACAACGUCGUCGUGUUGAUGCCGUGGAUAAUUCCCGAAUGGACGAAAAAGUCGAAAUUUUAUUUGCGCC